AUGAGGGACCCAAUCGAAAAAAAUAAAUUGGAUGAGUCUCUUUUGCAGACCAUGGAGGAAGGACCACAAGUUCAAGAAAAGGAAGAGAUACCGAUUGAAUGUGAGUUGAUUGAUUCAGAUAAUGAGGUUAACCAUGAUGAUUUCCACUAUGAUAAGAAUGCAUCCAAGCAUGCACUUGAACUUGAUGUUGGAGGGGAACAAGAGAAAUGUUCUGAUGAGGUCAAACUAGUACUUAGGAGGCCACCGAGCAAUACAGCAAUUGAAGUGCAACCAUCAACACCAAAAUCUAAUUUCCAGUACAUGCCUACGCCUGGCAUUGGUAUAAAAAGUGCUUCCCAAUUCAACAACUAUGGUCCUCCACUUAAUCAGCCAGGUAGUUCAACAAUGGUAGAAGCUUCUACUACAAGUAUUCCACUUCAAUCCUUGGUGGAGGAUCUACAAGAUAUAGAAAAUCAAGAAAAAGCAAGGAAGAGGGCAGCCAUGAUAAAAAAUAAAAGGGUCGUUCGAGGGUCAAUUACAUUUGCACCACCAAGAAUGAAAAAAAUUCAGCCACUCAGUAGUAGCUCAACAAACUUCACGAGCCACCUAUUAAUUUAG